AUGGCGUCAUAUGUUGCAAUCGCCAUGACGCCAUAUUGCGUGCUCAAGAGGAGCUCCGUCUCCAAGCUUCGCUCUAAGGUCAGCUCGUGGGCCAAAGCAAUUCCCAAAGACGCAUCUGACCCAUCCGUCCCCAUUUACAAACCGUUUUGGUGGUCUAAUGCUGACGCCACUGCCGUCCUCGCCUUCGCACUCUCUCAGGACUAUCAUCCACGUGGGAUCCACGAAAAUCCCAAAGGCACUCUCCCUGAGAACAUCGUGCCGACUGUACAUGCUACUAUUCAGUGGCACAAGGUCUUGCAGCAGCCCCAUAUUGCUGCCAAGUUCACAGAGGAACAGAUCCAGUGUCGCGAUCGUAUUCAGCGACACCUAGGAGCAUUGAACGAGAGGAUUGGACGAGGCGAUGACUUUACGUUCAUCGAUAGACACAUCGCUAUCAAGCUUUGCAUAGGACUAGGAAAGAUUUCAUUCAGAGGGAUCAACAAGGAGCAGGAGCGCGUAGGAAGAGACAUUGUGAGGUUCGAGAAGGAGUCGUGCUACUGGCCUUACUAG